ACAACAUGGAUCGUUAUUUCACUGCUUCUCUCUCAACGCUGCCGCGACUCGGAUUCGAGGAUGUUGAAAGAAUAGUUGGACGACAUUCAACAACUAAAGAAGCAAGGCUGAGCAAGGGCUAUAAAUUCUUUGUUGAGGAGUUUAUUCACAAUUAUCAAGAUCGCAUUGGAAUCGGAGGGGGUCGUUAGUGUUGCUGACUAUAUUUGCAGCUGUGCAGCUGGUAAAGGAUUGUGCAACCAUCUGACAGCACUUUUGUAUCAGACAGCCCACUACAUGCAGCUUAAUUUACAAACCGUCCCACCACCACUGGCCUGCACGAGUGAGCCACAGAGAUGGCAUCGUCCAAGAACACAGGCAUUACAUGCAGAGGCAGUGAGUGAACUUUGUGUAGUGAAACCAAAAUCAGUUGGGAAGACUGGAAUCAAGUCUACCCUAUACAAGGCUUACACGGGUCCCCUUCCAGAUGCUGAUGUCUUGGCUUCUGGUGCAAAACUAAAUCGGAUAAAUCCCAAGCCUAUGCUGGCACACAUACUUGAGGGUAUGUCAAAAGUAGAGUUGGUCCCCUCACAAUUUGGUCCUGUUCCUUUUGGCAGUCCACUGUCUUACCAAUGUCCCCCUAUAGCUGCAGGUGUUCCUGAUGUUAAUUUUCCCCCACUACCUGUGCUUGGUUAUGAGUUUAGCUGUAAUUUUAAAUUUGUGCCCACACACCAUCAAGCACUUCAUCUGGAGUCUAUAAAGGUUACCCAUAGCUCAGCUUGCCAGAUUGAAGAGGCCACAAGACUACAGUCAAAAUGCACUGCUUGGGGACAAAUUCGGAAAUCAAGGGUUACUGCGAGCAGGUUCCGGGAGGUUUGUCAUGUGGUUGGGGAUUCAGCUAGUCAGUCAUUGGCCACAAGAAUCUUUAAGGGCACAAGGCAGACAAGUGCUAUGAAACGUGGCCUUGAACUUGAGCCAGAUAUUUUGAGAAAAUAUUCUGAGACAGCCAGUGUUAGUGUCGUACCAUGUGGCUUUAUUAUCAACCCAGAAGUACCACAUCUGGGAGCUGGUCCAGACGGACGAGUCCACGAUCCAUCUGAAAAAUUCCAGUUUGGACUAGUGGAGGUAAAAAGCACCUCUGCUGACAAUAUUGCUCAGGUUCCGUUUGUGAAAAUUCAGAGAGGAAUAGCCAAACUUAAAGAGACCCAUAAGUACUACUGGCAGGUACAAGGUCAGCUUGCAGUUACUGGUCUUCAUUGGUGUGACUUUGUGACUGACACGAAAUCAGAUUGCACAAUACAGAGGAUCUGGCGAGAUGAUGCGUUCAUAGCAUCAAUGAAAGACAAGCUAGACAUGUACUAUUAUAACGUUUAUAUGGGUGUCUAUCUGUCAGCGGUAUGAAUGGACAGUUUCUUUUCAUAUUAUACUAUGAAUUUAAGAUUUUUUUCUUAUGUGUAUAUACUUUAUGUAGUUGAGUAGUAUGUAGCAUAUUUUGUAGUGUAGAUCUUUUGUAACAUAUUAGCGAAAUCACAAAUUAUACUGUAACAUUAAAUAUAUAGUGCUUGCUCUUAAUUAGAUGUAAAUAUGUACAUACCAAGCUGAACACAUUUUGUAUUCAAUAUUCUGUAAUGUAUAUGAUAUGCAUACACAUUUACUGGUUGUAUAUAUUUAUUUAAUACAAUGUGUGAAAUAACAAUGAACACCAGAGCAGAGUU